CUCGCCCCUGCUCUGCAUUUUCGCGACGAUGCCAUCUCCAGAAGAAGCCUCUACAUCUGCUGCCAAUCCGCCAUCAUUCAAGUCUAUAGGCCUUAUUGACCCAUUACUUGAAGCUGUUGAACAACUCGGAUACAAAACGCCAACCGAUAUUCAGGCCGAAGCCCUCCCUCAUGCCCUCGAGGGCCGAGACAUCAUCGGUGUGGCAUCAACAGGCUCAGGAAAGACUGCCGCCUUCGCACUACCUAUAAUUCAAGCUCUCUGGAAUGAUCCCAAGGGUCUGUUCGCAUGCGUUAUAGCUCCUACACGCGAGCUUGCGUACCAGAUCUCUCAGCAGUUUGAGGCUCUGGGGUCUGGUAUAGGCGUUCGUUGUGCGGUCAUUAUCGGAGGAAUGGAUGUAGUCUCACAGUCGAUUGCGCUUGCAAAGAAGCCGCAUAUUAUUGUCGCAACUCCGGGGAGGUUGAAUUAUCAUUUAGAGAAUACUAAAGGGUUUAGUCUGCGAGGGCUCAAGUUUUUCGUCUUGGAUGAGGCUGAUAGGCUGCUUGACAUGGACUUCGGUCCUGACAUCGACAAAAUCUUGAAGGUCAUACCCAAGGAACGCACAACAUAUCUCUUCUCUGCCACCAUGACCACGAAAGUCGCCAAACUGCAGCGCGCCAGUCUGCAGAAUCCUGUCCGCGUGGAGGUUUCUUCAAAAUAUUCUACGGUUUCAACCCUCUUGCAAUACUACCUCUUCAUGCCGCUCAGCCACAAGGAAGUUCAUCUCGUGAACCUUGCCAACACGCUCGCCCAAAAUUCCAUGAUGAUUUUCACGAGGACAGUGCACGAUGCUCAGAAACUUUCAAUCAUUCUGCGGACCCUCGGUUUCCCUGCUGUGCCAUUGCAUGGGCAACUAAGCCAAAGUCAGCGCUUAGGAGCUCUGAGUAAGUUCAAAAGCGGCGGUCGUAGUAUCCUUGUGGCCACGGAUGUCGCUAGUCGUGGUCUUGAUAUUCCUUCUGUCGACGUCGUGAUCAACUUCGACAUCCCAACGCAUUCCAAAGACUACAUUCACCGAGUCGGUCGAACUGCAAGAGCGGGGCGUGCAGGGAAAUCGAUCACUCUGGUGACACAGUACGACAUCGAACUCAUCCAUCGGAUUGAGAAAGUCACUGGAAAAAAGAUGGACCUUUGGCCAACAGACAAGGACGAGAUUGCAUUGCUUAGGGAGCGCGUAGAAGAAGCAAGCCGGUUGGCUGUGAACGAGAUGAAGGACCAGGCUAUGUCAAAAGGUGGGGCCGGCGGGAGGAAGAGGAGAAGAGAGGAUAGGGAGGGAGGAGCAGAUAACAGGGACCGGGAUGAUGAUGUCGUAGAGGCUGGUAUGCCUGGUAAGAAAAAGAAGGGCAGAAGAUAGUGGACUCUGUUCGAUGGUUUCUACUCGUUCUUUUGCUUAUGUUGUAUCCUAAUAUGUCACAUCGUCGAUCACAUCUAUCGUUUGAUACCUUUAGCCUUUCUGUGCGUCAGGUCAUAAACAUAAUAUCAGAUCGUAGGACGUAUUUUGUCCCGCUGAGAACCUCAGAACCCUCGUGAAGAAGGCAUUCGUGGCCGUGUCGGUGCAGCAGUGCAGUCCCUCGGGUCAAAGGGGCCACCACUGGCGGUUUUCCUCUUUCGUUUGUAUAGAAGAUGGUUUCACCACCUUGCACUCCAUCUUCUGCUCCUGUCAGAUAGACCAGGAGAGUCCACUCCGACUUGGAACCAGUCUCUGCGUCCUUCACAGAGUCGUCGUAAUGCUGGCCAAAAUGCUGAUGAGGUGUAU